CGCCCCUGGGAGCCUCCGCUCGACCCUCCGGCCAGCGUGUGUGGGCUUUAGAUCAGAGCAGGGCACAGCAAGGACACGGUGCUGAAAGACAUCCUGGGGAUGAUGAGCAGACUCUCUCCGGACGGGCUCAGACGCGGCCUCGCCUCCUCCGCGGUGUCCUCCCUGGUGCCCCCGCAAGGUCAGCGCCGCCCUCCUGGUCUUCCCGUUCUUCUCGGCGAGGCCUCUGUCGCCUGCGCCCUGAGCCGGGGACGCUGCGUCCCCAGAGGCCCUUGCCCUCUCCCGUGUGCGUCGACGCCCGGGUGACUCCGGACGACGCGGCUGCCCGGGAGCGGUGUGGCCCGGCGGGCUGCCUGCUUGCGCAGCGUCUCAUCCCGGUCCCUCCCGUGGGGCGGGGAUGUCCCCUGUGCGCAUGCGGUCCUCAGUCUCACACCUGUUUUUCUCUCUGAUCUGCUGCUCUGUGGGAUCCUGGCCGCCUGCACUCGCGACUCCAGACAGGAACGAAGAAGAGAUGAAAAUCCUGAGACAGAUCCUGGGUUUGCUGAGCCUGCAGGUGUUGAGCGAUGAAACUAAUGACUGCAAGGAAGUGCCUUACUUCUUCCCGCUGGAAAUGACUGGGUAAGUCCUGACUCAUGG